AUGUCGGUAUCAAAGUUCUUCAAACCAAAGAAUGAAUCUCGCACACCCCGUAUGAAGAUUGCCAACCAGACUUUGGAUGCCCUCGAAGCAGGAUCAUAUAAAGUUAACGACACUACAUAUCCCCUUGAUAUCGAGAGACUGAAGCGGGCUACCAGAUACUAUGCGCCUGACUCUUUGUUGUCCAAUUGGAGGAAUCCAGGCUCUACAAGUUCUGUGUGCGAUGUCUCCAGGAUAACACAAAUCUCACUCCUCGAAAUUACAACUCUCCAAGGUGCACGAUAUUUGGCAGCAAAGCUCCCGCCGCAAUCAAAGGGUGCCAUAGGUGUCCUCAAUUUUGCCUCCGCCAAAAAGCCCGGAGGUGGAUUCCUCACCGGUGCGCAAGCACAAGAGGAGAGCAUUGCGCGGUCCUCCUCGUUAUACCCGUCCUUGAUGACCGACACCGCUCAGAUGUUCUAUUCGUAUCACAAGCGACGCUCGUACAAUUUCUAUUACAGUCAUGCCAUGAUUUACUCUCCGGGUGUUGUAUUGUUCAGAGAUGACGAUGGCACAUGGUUAGAACCACUUGAAGUCGACGUACUCACUAGCCCUGCUGUCAAUGCUGGAGAAAUUCGCAAGAAAAGGGAAGAUCUAGAAUCAGAGGCAGAGAAUGAGGAAAAGAUUGAAAAAGAGAUGAAAGAGAGGAUGACCAGGAUAUUGUUUCUCUUCGAGACGAGAGAAGCGAGGAAUCUGGUUUUGGGGAGUUACGGAACUGGGGUAUUCCAAAACAACGUUGAUAUGGUCGCCCGUCUGUGGACUGAGCUUCUCCUCGUCCCCGGUGCCCGCUUCCGAAAUUCAUUUGAUCGUGUUGUGUUUGCUAUCGUCGGAGCUGGGACCCUCCGAAAAUUCAAUGAGGUGUUUGAUGCUUAUCGCGAUAGCGGAGGGGACCCAGUGCAGUCUUAG